CCUUCUGUCACCAAUAUGGACCUCAAGCAGCAGUUGACCCAGCGGCAUGUGCAGUGGCUCGCACUCAUGUGUCUUGUCUUCAUUGCCACUGGACAUUGUCAACAGAGCGAGAGUCGCCGAGCUGUGGCGGAGCACCAGCUGAUGCACGACCGUGGCCGAACCAUCCAGAGUUUGAAAAGGCUCAUCUGGCUCUCCAGCGCCAUGGAGGGCCUCCACACCGCCCAGAGUCGAUCUGCGCCCUCUAACUUUCCGAAGCUCCCAAGCAUGGUCCUCAAUCCCAACCUGGUCCAAGCGGUGGAGACCCCCGAGCCUGUCCAGGUGCAGAACCUUCUGAGAGACUUCUUUUAUCCGCACCUCACGCAGGACCCGGAGUCUUAACAUGACAUCAUUGUCUUCAAAUUACAAUACACUGCAUUUACAUUCAAAUCCCAAAGCUCAACAGUGACAGCUUUAUUGUAAAAAUAAAUCACCUUCCUCCAGAUGUUCCCAAAUGACUCAC